AUGGCAGGGCUAUUACCGAUUAAACUUCAAGAACAUUUACAACUUCAAAAUAUUGGUAUUAAUGUUACCAAUAUUGGAUUUAGUUCACUUACGAUGGAAUCUGAUAAAUUUAUUUGUGUACGUGAAAAAGUUAAUGAUACAGCUUUUGUUAUUAUUAUUGAUAUGGCUGAUCCAAAUAAUCCAAUUAAACGACCAAUUACAGCUGAUUCAGCCAUUAUGAAUCCAACAAGUAAAGUUAUUGCAUUAAAAGCUGGUAAAACAUUACAAAUUUUUAAUAUUGAAUUACGUAGUCGAAUGAAAACAUUUAAUAUGACAGAAGACUGUAUUUUUUGGAAAUGGAUUAGUGUUAAUACAAUAGGUAUAAUAACUGAAACAUCUGUUUAUCAUUGGUCUAUGGAAGGUGAUAGUCAACCAGUUAAAAUGUUUGAUCGUCAUCAAAGUUUAGUUGGUUGUCAAAUAAUUAAUUAUCGUACAGAUGAAUCAUUACAAUGGUUACUUAUUAUUGGUAUUCAAGCACAAGAUAGUCGUGUUGUUGGUCAUAUGCAAAUUUAUUCUGUUGAACGUAAAGUAUUACAACCAAUUGAAGGACAUGCUGCUGCAUUUACACAAUUUAAAUUAAAUGAAAAUAAAAAACCAUCAACACUUUUUUCAUUUGCUGUUCGAGGACCACAAGGAGGAAAACUUCAUAUUAUUGAAAUUGGAACACCAGCACCAGAUAAUCAACCAUUUCAAAAUAAAGCAACUGAUAUUCAAUUUCCAGCUGAAGCACCAAAUGAUUUUCCAGUUGCUAUGCAAACAUCAGCUAAACAUGGCGUUAUUUAUUUAGUUACAAAAUAUGGUUAUGUACACAUAUUUGAUAUUGAAAGUGGAACACUUAUUUAUAUGAAUCGUAUUAGUGCUGAUACAACGUUUGUUACAGCACCAUAUGAACCAACAUCUGGCAUUAUUGCUGUUAAUCGUAAAGGACAAGUUCUUUCAGUCAGCAUUGAUGAAGAUAAUGUUGUUUCAUAUAUUCAAAAUACAUUAAACAAUCCUGAACUUGCUUAUAAAAUGUCAGCACGAUGUAAUUUACCAGGUGCUGAUCAAUUAUUUGUUGCACAAUUUUCACAAUUAUUUCAAAGUGGAAAUUAUAGUGAAGCAGCUAAAGUUGCUGCUACAGCUCCACGAGGAAUACUUCGUACUCAACAAACAAUUCAACAAUUUCAAAGUGUACCACCACAAGCAAAUCAACCAUCACCAUUACUUCAAUAUUUUAGUAUUUUAUUAGAAUCAAGUAAAUUAAAUAAAGAAGAAUCAAUUGAAUUAUGUAAACCAGUUGUAAUGCAAGGAAAAAAACAAUUAUUAGAAAAAUGGUUAAAAGAAGAUAAACUUGAAUGUAGUGAACAAUUAGGUGAUCUUGUUAAAACAGUUGAUUCUACAUUAGCAUUAUCAGUCUAUUUACGUGCUAAUAUACCAAUGAAAGUUAUUCAAUGUUUUGCUGAAACAGGUCAAUAUCAAAAAAUAGUUCUCUAUGCUAAAAAAGUUAAUUAUCAACCGGAUUAUAUUUAUCUUUUACGAAGUAUAAUGAGAGUUAAUCCUGAACAAGGUAUUCAAUUUGCACAAUUACUUGUUCAAGAUAAUGAACCAUUAGCUGAUUUAACACAAAUUGUUGAUGUUUUUCUUGAACAAAAUCUUGUUCAACAAUGUACAGCAUUUUUACUUGAUGCUUUAAAAAAUAAUCGAGAAGAUCAAGGACAUUUACAAACACGUUUAUUAGAAAUGAAUUUAAUGCAAGGACCACAAGUUGCUGAUGCUAUUUUGGGUAAUAAUAUGUUUACACAUUAUGAUCGACCACAUAUUGCACAAUUAUGUGAAAAAGCUGGUCUACUUCAACGUGCACUUGAACAUUAUACAGAUUUAUCUGAUAUUAAACGAGCUGUCGUACAUACACAUUUACUUAAUCCAGAAUGGCUUGUUAAUUAUUUUGGUCGAUUAUCAGUUGAUGAUUGUCCUGAAUGUUUAAAUGCGAUGCUUGAAGCAAAUAUUCAUCAAAAUUUACAAGUUGUUGUACAAAUUGCAACUAAAUAUCAUGAACAAUUAGGAACACAAAAACUUAUUGAACUAUUUGAAUCAUUCAAAAGUGAUGAAGGUCUUUUUUAUUUUCUUGGUUCAAUUGUUAAUUUUAGUCAAGAACCAGAUGUUCAUUUUAAAUAUAUUCAAGCAGCAUGUAAAACUGGUCAGAUAAAAGAAGUUGAACGUAUUUGUCGAGAAUCAAAUUGCUAUGAUCCUGAACGUGUUAAAAAUUUUUUAAAAGAAACUAAAUUAACUGAUCAAUUACCAUUAAUUAUUGUUUGUGAUCGAUUUAAUUUUGUUCAUGAUCUUGUUCUUUAUUUAUAUCGAAAUAAUUUAAUGGAAAAUAUUGAAAUUUAUGUUCAACAAAUCAAUCCAGGUCGUUUACCAGUUGUUGUUGGUGGUUUACUUGAUGUCGAUUGUAGUGAAGAUAGUAUAAAACAAUUAAUUCUUUCUGUACGUGGUAAUUUUAAUGUUGAUGAACUUGUUGAAGAAGUUAAAAAACGAAAUCGAAUAGAAUUACUUUUACCAUGGCUUGAAACACGUGUUCAUGAUGGUAGUACAGAUCCAGGUGUUCAUACUGCAGUAGCUAAAAUUAAUAUUGAUUCAAAUAGCAAUCCAGAAAAAUUUCUUCGAGAUAAUGCUUAUUAUGAUAGUCGAGUUGUUGGAAAAUAUUGCGAAAAACGUGAUCCACAUUUAGCAUGUGUUGCUUAUGAACGUGGUGGUUGUGAUAUGGAACUUGUCAAUGUUUGCAAUGAAAAUUCUUUAUUUAAAAGUGAAGCACGUUAUUUGGUUCGUCGUAAAGAUCCAGCAUUAUGGGAAUAUGUUUUGCGAGAAGAUAAUCAAUAUCGACAACCAUUAAUUAAUCAAGUUAUUCAAACCGCUGUAGCUGAAACACAAGAUCCAGAAGAAAUAUCUGUUACAGUUAAAGCAUUUAUGAUAGCUGAUUUACCAAAUAAUUUAAUUGAAUUAUUAGAAAAAAUUGUUAUUGAUAAUUCUGCAUUCAGUGAACAUCGUAAUUUACAAAAUCUACUUAUAUUAACAGCAAUUAAAGCUGAUCGUUCACGUGUUAUGGAUUAUAUAAAUAAUUUAGAAAAUUAUGAUGCACCAGAUAUAGCUAAUAUAGCUAUUGGUAAUCAAUUAUAUGAAGAAGCAUUUUCAAUUUAUAAAAAAUUUGAAGUUAAUACAUCAGCUAUUCAAGUACUUAUUGAUCAUAUUAAAAAUUUGGAUCGAGCUUAUGAAUUUGCUGAACGUUGUAAUGAACCUGCUGUAUGGAGUAUAUUAGCUAAUGCACAAAUGCGUCAAGGUUUAGAUAAAGAAGCUAUGGAUUCAUUUAUUAAAGCCGGCGAUGAAAAAUCACAUCUUGAAAUUCUGAAAAGUAAAACUUCCGAUGCAACAUCUAAGAAUGUUAAUCAACAAAAUCAUAAUCACCGAUUUUCUGACCUAACCGGUGAACCAAAGCAAAUGAUUUUACCAAUUCAAGGAUUUGAGAUAAUGCCACUGGUUUCACUUGAAGAGGCUAUCAGUCCUCUUGUCUCGCUCAUUCCAGAUGUUGAACGAAUGGUUUGGAUUGUUAAACAGAAUUGUAUUGAUCCAAAAGAUGGUUUAAGUAUUGAUGAGUCUGCAUCUAUCAUGCUUUAUACAAUGGAAUGGGAACCAUAUGAGAAAUCUUUCUAUGUUGCACUUAACAGUGCUCUACGAGCAAGCAUUCGUGAACGGCUAAAACCAUGGUUUUUAUAUCUUCGACUCAUCAUCAAUGCUCUUCAAAAACUUCCAUCAACUCAUCAUAUUGUUUAUCGAGGUGUCAAAUCGGAUUUAUCUGGUGAAUAUUCUCGAGGAAGUACAAUUGUUUGGUGGGGUUUCUCUUCAUGUACUGUAUCAAUUGAAACACUUAAGAAUGAAAACUUCUUGGGAAAGGAAGGGAUCAGAACUCUCUUCAGCAUUGAAUGUGAUUCGGGUAAAAAUAUUCGAUCACAUUCAUAUUAUGCUGAAGAGGAUGAAGUUUUGCUCCUUCCAGCUCGUCAAUUUAAAGUUAUUGACUGUCUUGAUCAAGGAAAUGGCAUUCAAAUUAUUCAGCUGAGAGAACAACAACCAGAAUUUCCACUCAUCAAACUUCCUUUAACAUAA